AUGCAUUCAUCGCUUGAGCACAUUGAUGUCUGCCUCCCUGUAACUGCACUGGAAGCAUUUAAUCUGGGAGAUGCAAGACUUAUUCUGCAAGGACAAGGGCCAUACUCUCGGUUGAUUGAUGACGAGAGUGGAAAAAUAUUGGCCGAACUAAAAACUUUCAAGCGGAACAAUAUCCAUGGAUUCAUAGUUCUGAGCCAAGAGCAAAAUGCGGCCAAAACAUAUGCGCAACUUCUGGCCUGGGGAGGUGAAUCAUUGAGAGUUAUCGACUUUUAUCUUGGUCAGAAUGGGGCCACUGAAAGCUCCGAUACUUCCUUGCUUCCAGCGAGUGCGGAAUAUCUAGCACCAGAUUGGAUACUGGCUGGGUGUGCGCCUUACUCCAUAAACGGAGCCGACAGGGCGUACAUGGUGACUGCCCACAAUAGUCUCCUUGGACUUUAUGUGGUGGAUGGAGGUUCUUCGAUUUAUGCAAAAUCCAUUCAUCUUCGACAGCUCGUGGCUGGAGUCAAGUCUAUUCUUUAUUCAGCUGAUACUAUAUCAUUUUCGGCAACGCAUGUGCUGAUUGCUGCGGGAACUGUCUUUGGCGAGGUGAUAGUCUGGUCCUGCUUCCUAGACGAAAAUGUGCAUCUCAACCCCACUGCUGUUGGUUCCAUUCAUCACUUCUUCACGGGUCACGAGGGAUCUGUGUUCGGGGUUCGGAUAUCUCCUGCAAUUGCCUCUCUACCAGGCCGCUCUAGCGGACGGUUACUGGCGAGCUGCAGCGACGAUAGAACAGUUAGAAUAUGGGAUAUUUCAGAUUGUGAGCAUGCAUCCCCUCAAGAUCCGUCAGCCUAUUUGACGGAUGGCUUUGAGCUUCGAAGCACGGGUUUUGGUGGAGUGACAACUGGCGAGGGCCUCAGUGUGGAAUCCUGCAUUGCAAGCGCUUUUGGUCACAAAGCUCGGAUAUGGAGUGUACAUUUCAUGCCUACAAAAGCUAGAGAUCAGUCCAAGCUGAGCCUUCUGUCACGUGGUGAGGAUGCAACUUGUAUAGUGUGGAACCUCAGCUGGGAACCAUCCUUAUUGCCAAGGUCGAAGUUUAGUCUAGGUCAAAUCUCUUCCUGGCAUAACCAUGCCGGAAAGCAUAUAUGGUCUCUAUGCAUGCGCAGCGCCCCUGAUAAUACAACGGUGUAUACUGGUGGUGCCGAUGGCGCGGUGAAAAGCUUCAAAGUUGAGGUGGAUGAAGAGGGCGCGGUUGUGUUGCCGAACAGAAAUAAUAGCAUUACUGCCUCGGCCGGCCCUGGAAUAUUUCAAUCUAGGGUCGAUAAAUCAGUUCGGGCAUUCGCAUUUGUUACUCCAGAUCAUUUCCUCACAACUACCACGCGUGGCGAGGUGCAGAUUUGUUGGGUUGGCUCUGAAGCCUCAACCGAACAAAUAAUUCUCAAGGAAACGCUCUUCGUUGAAGAAGAUCUUUCAUCUUAUUGUGCCAUAGCUUCUCUGCCACAGCGCGGCAUUGUGGUUUUAGGCAACGCACAGGGGUUGAUUCGAUUGUACAAUCAUAAUACGAAGUCACUCGUCAGAAUAGUUGAAUCUGGCCCCAGGCCACUCGUACUUUACGCCCUUGAUUAUACCCAUGGCAUCACUGGCUCACCUGAGGCUCUGUUCUUUAUCACGUCUCACCAACAACAAGACCAUUUGAAUUUAUUCGUGGUCUCAUUAUCAGAAGGCAUGGUGUCACGAAUUGAUAGCAUAACGCUGGCACUUCCCUACAGUUUUGGUGUGACCUGUGCAUCCUUGGUUUGUGGCAACCAGUAUGUGGCUCUAGGAAACACACACGGUUCACUUGUCCUAUAUCGCGUUGCAAGCAGGGAGCCUAUCCAGCAACCGUUCUGGAAUUGUAAAGUCCACUCUCGGGAGGGUAUCAGUCAUAUAUCGUCGUUCUCCUCGCUUUAUGGAGAAAUUGGCACAUCUUAUAAUUAUUUCUUGACUUGCGGUCGAUCCGGAGUCUACUGUAUCCACGAGGUGGGAGCCGGGGGAGAUUCGCGGAACUCAUCCACCGUCCGGACAAUCCACCGCUCUAGUACUACCCGGACUAUUGAAAUAGAGGGCGCUUACAUCGAUAGACGGUCGAAGGAUCUUAUGUUAUAUGGAUUUCAUGGCAAAGAGUUCGUUUUAUGGAAUGAGACGACGCAAUCUGAGGUUGUCAGACGUUUAUGUGGUGGAGCACAUCGGAGAUGGGCUUUUCAGCCCAACUCAGAGACAUCUGGGGCUGGCUUGUUCAUAUGGAUUCAAAAGAACCUUAAUGUCCUUCAAACCCAGGGUGAUGCUGUCCGUACCUUGCGUGCUGGGGGCCAUGGAAGAGAGAUCAAGGCCAUGGAUGUGACCCAGACCGCAGGUAGAUCUCUCUUUGCAACUGGAGCGGAAGAUACACUUUUACGUAUAUCUACACCGGCAAGGCCAAACGAAGAAAACAAGUGGGGUGCUUUUAAAUGUUUGCGGGUGUUGAAAAAGCAUCAGGUCGGAUUGCAGCAAGUGCGCUGGUCAAAGAAUGGGAACUACCUCUUUACAAGCGGUGGGAGCGAAGAAUUCAUUGUCUGGCAGAUUCGUUCGAUUCCCUUGUUUGGACUUGCCACAAAUGCAGUAGCCUCCGCCAGGGAAGAUCCUUACUCUGACCUUCGAGUGACCAGUUUUGAUGUACUAGAAGUGGACGAGAACAAAUCGGAUGGCAGCUUUUUGUUCUGCCUGGUAUAUUCUAACUCCACGCUCAAGAUCUUCCACUUUUCUUCGACAGUCGACGGCGGGAUUUUUACCUUACUGGCUGAAGGCACUUAUACAAGUAAUUGCCUCACCGAAGCAUGCUUCCUGCUACGUGGUUCUUCUCUAAGCCUGUUAACUGCCUCAACAGAUGGGUAUUUUACGCUUUGGAACUUAACCUCCAUCCUGGAGCCUUACUACAGCAUAUCUUCCUCUCUGCAUUUGAAACAACCCAUUGACACGUUUUCGAUUCUCCCUGAAAACAUCCCAUGUGAAAACAGAUACCAGACCCAUUCUAACAGUAUCAAAUGUCUGGAACUUACUCAUAUAUCGGAUGCGGCUUCUCUUGUUAUUGCUGCAGGUGAUGACAACGCACUGACACUCUCCCUUCUGAACACAAACUUCACCACGGGCAUCGAAGCUGGCGACGCAACCACCGUCACGGUUCCAGACGCCCAUGCAGCAUGCAUCACAACGGGCAAGAUACUCGAACAACGCCAGUAUCAGGAUAAGGGAAUAACGCAGGUCAUCAUUGCUACUUCCGGGAAUGACCAUCGAGUCAAGAUUUGGUGCAUCGAAGUAGAUGCUAAGAAGUCUGGAGUGGAUGCGAUUCAGGUGCAAAUGGUAGUAGAUAGGUACAGCUGUGUAGCAGACAUAUCAUCUCUGGGCUUGAUCCGCGAAGAGCUUGGAGAGACAAAGCUGCUUGUCUGUGGUGUUGGCAUGGAAGUGCUAGGUAUCCAACUGCAUUAG